AUGCAGGUAUUAUUUUACAUUAAACUCUCUGCUGUAAUAAAUGAAAAUGAAUCGUUUGUUGUACCACACUUUCUACCAUAUUUUGGCCAUUUAUUUCAAUAUAUGCGUGAUCCAUUAAAAUUUUUAUUAUCUUGUCGUCAACGUUACGGUUCAACAUUUACAUUAAAAGUAAUGGGACAACGUACAACAUUUGUCAUGGAUCCAAGAAAUUGGAAUGCAAUUAUCAAAAACUCUAAUUUAAGCUUUCCUGGAACUGAAUUAGCAACAAGGGCGUUUGGUAUUACUCCCGAUGCAUUAGGUCAUGAUGAAAUCGAUGUUCAAAUGCGCAAAGAUUAUCCAAAAGGUUUACAGAACGAUAGUUUAAAAGAAUUAAUCGCGCAUUUUGUUCAAAAUAUUCGUGAAGAAAUGAUAAAAGACAAACAAGAAUUGAAAAAUACUAUAAAAACAUGUGGCUUACUCGAUUUAUGUCAUUUGAUGAUAUUUGUUCCAUCUAUUCGUACAAUAUAUGGUGAAAUUGAUGUUCAUUCUUAUGAGAAAUCAUUUGAAAAAUUUAAUUCAAAUAUUCAGUUAUUAUUCAUUAAUGUUCCAUCGUUUAUAAAAUCAACAUUUUUUCAAAAAACAUUGAAUGCACGAGAUUAUUUAAUUCAGCAACUAUCAAAUAUUGAACAUGUUCAAAAUCAAAGUCGAAUGACAAAAAUGAGAACAGACUUGAUGAAAAUGUAUCCGCAAUAUUUUUCAUCAUCCGACAUUGGAGGUAAUCAUUUAGCAUUUUUAUGGGCAAGUGUUGGAAAUACCAUUCCAGCAGCAUUUUGGACAUUGUUUCAUAUUUUACGUGAUUGUCGUGCAUUAGAACAAUUACAAGAAGAAGUUAGAGAAAAUUUACCGGUUUUAAAGUUAGAUGAAAAUAUUGAAUUUGAUGAAAACUCGUGGACUGUUGAAAAAUUAGCCAAAUGUGUUCUGUUGGAAAGUGCAGUUAAUGAAACAUUACGAAUGUAUGGUGCGCCGAUGAUGCUACGAACUUGUUCGUCGAAUACACAAAUUCAAACCUAUGAUGGAAAAACAUUGAGUAUUAGAAAAAAUGAUCGAAUCAGUUUAUUUCCGGCUGCUUCACAUUACGAUGAACGUCUGUUCCAUGAACCAUUUAUCUAUAAAUUUGAUCGAUUUUUAAACAAUACAAUUAUAAAUAAUUUGGAGCUUGAUAGGCAAAAAGUACCAAUUGCCUAUAUGCCAUUUGGUACAGGAAAAACAAUGUGCCCUGGAAAAUAUUUUGCCAAAAAUGAAAUUAAAAUUUGUUUAGCGUUAAUUUUUCAACAAAUAGAGUAUAAAUUUAUCGAUGAAACAACACCAAAAACACGAGCAGAUAGAGUUGGGUUCGGUGUAGCGCCGCCAUCAAAGGAUGUACAAAUUCAAUAUUGGUAUCAAUAA